ACCUCAGUUGGAGAUAUUUAUUUAAACUUCCUACAGCAGCCUCGGUUUAAUACGAGGCGAGCUUAAAGCAAAAGCCCGGCGGAGCCUUUCCCUGUCACUGUAUCCGCAUGUGGUUGAAUGGUGCCUGACCCACAGGAAUCUCCUCGGCACAACAGAAAAGCCUCUUGAGUGGGAAGGGAAACCAGAGCAGCUCCGAGCGCAGAGACGCGCGGCGCCCUCAUCCAACCAGCGCCAGACCCCGAGAAUCACUAAACACCACAGAGGGGAGUUUAAAACCCGUCAAAGUGCCUGAGACCGAUCCGACCCGCAACCGGUCCGUCCCAAAGCGGGGGCGUCGUCACUCGGACAUCCGAUCACUUGAUGAAGUUAUCUGCUCGUGGAAGAGAGGAAUUCCCCGCGGCGCACCGGGAGCAGAGCUGAGCAAACCGGCGUGGUGCUGAGAAGGAUCAGCAGCGAGGAUGUCUGCGAACCAUCUGAACUUUGAUUCACUCUUAGGGGAGCACUUCCGAACUGUUUUGCUCUUGUAAUUAUUUUACUUUUUUAAUUGUUAUUGUUAUUAUUUUUAUUUUUUAUUUUUUUUUGCCGGAAAUCGAGAACUCUCCCCUCCGUGGGCUCUGCUGAACAAGUUGAUUUUGAAUGACAGACUUUCGGCACACUCGGACUUGGAUUAGGUACCAGAGAUGCCUGCUUGUUUCACAGGAAUUUACUUUCUACUGACUCUGCUGCGGAUUUGUUCAGGGUCUCGUCUCCGACAGGAAGACUUCCCACCCCGGAUUGUAGAGCACCCGUCUGAUUUGAUUGUGUCCAAAGGGGAACCAGCCACGCUCAACUGUAAGGCAGAGGGCCGUCCAACCCCGACAGUGGAAUGGUACAAAGAUGGCGAGCGCGUUGAGACGGACCGAGACAACCCGCGCUCCCACCGCAUGCUGCUGCCCAGCGGAUCCCUCUUCUUCCUGCGCAUCGUCCACGGACGUCGGAGCAAGCCAGACGACGGCAGCUACGUCUGUGUGGCCCGAAAUUAUCUGGGCCAGGCGAUCAGUCACAACGCAUCCCUGGAAGUAGCUAUUUUGCGGGACGACUUCAGGCAGAACCCCGUUGACGUCAUGGUUGCCGUUGGAGAGCCUGCGGUGCUGGAGUGCCAACCCCCCCGUGGACACCCCGAGCCCACAAUCUCCUGGAGGAGAGACGGCGCCAACUUGGACGACAGAGACGAACGCAUCACAAUCCGGAGCGGCAAGCUUAUGAUCACCAACACCAGGAAGAGCGACGCGGGGAAGUACAUCUGCGUGGCCACUAACAUGGUGGGGGAGAGGGAGAGUGAGAUCGCGGUACUCACUGUGCUAGAGCGGCCAACCUUCGUGAAGCGCCCCGGCAACGUGGUGCUGCUGGCGGACGAGAGCGUGGAGUUCCACUGCGUUGUUCAAGGAGACCCCGUCCCCACCGUCCGCUGGAGGAAAGAUGACUCUGACCUACCUAAGGGCAGAUUUGAAAUCCUGGAGGACCACACUCUGAUUGUUCGCCAAGUUGCCUCUCCAGAUGAGGGCUCCUACACGUGUAUGGCAGAGAACAUGGUCGGGAAAUCUGAAGCAUCUGCCACCCUCACCGUACACGUCGACACGGUGCCCCCCGCCUUCGCCGUUCGCCCCAGGAACCAGGCGGUGUCGGUGGGCAGGACGGUCACCUUCCAGUGCGAAGCCACGGGCAACCCGCAGCCGGCCAUUUUCUGGCAGAGGGAGGGCAGCGAGAGUCUUCUGUUCUCCUACCAGCCGCCACAGCCCUUCAGCCGUCUGUCCGUCUCCCAAAUGGGCAGCUUAACCAUUACGGACGUUCAGCGCUCUGACGCGGGCUUCUACAUCUGCCAGGCUCUCAACAUAGCUGGCAGUGUCAUUACUAAAGCUCUGCUAGAAGUUACAGAUGCUGGAUCAGAGCACCCCCCUCCCGUCAUCCGCCAGGGUCCCGCCAAUCAGACGGUUCCCGUUGACAGCACGGUAGUAUUGGGUUGCCAAACUGUUGGCGCUGCGCCUUCCGCUGUCCACUGGAAGAAGGACGGCAUAGUGGUCUCUCCGGUGGAUUCUCGGAUGUCCCUAACAGAAACGGGGUCACUGAAGAUCCACUAUGCAAAGCUGGGCGAUUCAGGGUUCUACACAUGUGUUGCUUCUAGUCCGAGUGGAGAGGCUUCCUGGACUGCGUAUCUGCAAGUGGAAGAGUUUGGCGUUGUUGUCCAGUCUGGUCAUCCCAAAGAUUCCCACCUGAUUCCUGGUGCUCCGUCUAAACCUGAAGUUUCUGAUGUUAGCCGGACGUCUGUCACGCUGUCAUGGAAAUCCAGCCCUAAUCCUGGCGUAGCGCCCACAUCCUACUUAAUUGAAGCAUUCAGCUAUACGUUAGGAAACAGAUGGGUGACAUUAGCAGAGCAUGUGAAGACUGAGUCCCAUGUUCUGACUAAUCUGAAACCUGGAACUGUUUAUCUCUUCAUGGUCAGAGCCAGUAAUGUUUAUGGCCUUAGUGAUCCCAGUCCAAUCUCUGACUCAGUCAGAACUCAAGACAGCUCCUCCACCAUGCAGGGGGUGGACCACCGUCACAUCCAGAGAGAACUGGGAGAUGUUGUGAUCCACCUACACACACCGACAGUCCUGUCAUCUUCAGCUGUCCGGGUCCACUGGAUGGUGGAACAGCAGUCCCCUUACAUCCAGGGCUACAAGGUGCUUUACAGGGUAUCCGCGGAGCACGGGCAGCCGGAAUCGCAGUGGGCUGUUCUGGAGGUGCGUGCCCUGCCGGAGGACGGGGUGGUGAUCAGUCAGCUAAAGAAGGGAUGCAUCUACGAGUUCAAAGUGCGACCUUUCUUUGAUGAGUUCCAAGGAGCUGACAGUGAGGUGAAGGUUGUCAGGACAUUGGAAGAAGCCCCGAGAAGAGCUCCCCAGGGUGUUACAGUCACGAAGAGCGAUGCCAAUGGGACUGCUAUCCUUGUUUCCUGGAAGCCACCUCCAGAGGGGGGAGAGGACGGAAUCAUUCAGGAAUACAAGAUCUGGUGCCUGGGUAACGAGAGCCGCUACCACGUGAAUCAGUCGGUGGAUGGGUCAACCUUCUCUGUGCUCAUUCCCAGUCUGGCUCCAGGAAUUCGCUACAGCGUAGAAGUUGCAGCAAGCAACGGUGCCGGCCCAGGAGUCAAGAGCGAUGUGGCGUUCUUUCAAUUAGAUUCUGCCGGCCAGAUGAUGGACAUCAGCGACAAAAGAGGCACCUUGUCCCAGAUCUCAGAGGUGGUGAAGCAGCCGGCUUUUAUCGCAGGCAUUGGCGCCACCUGCUGGCUCAUCCUCAUGAUUUUCAGCGUGUGGCUGUACCGUCAUCGCAAGAAGAGGAGUGGCCUCAGCAGCACAUACACCGGCAUCCGGAAGGUCCCAUCUUUUACGUUUACACCUACAGUGGCAUAUCAAAGAGGAGAUACUGUGUGCGGAGCUGGCAGGCCUGUCCCUCUCAGCAUGGGCGAGCCUCUGAACCAGCUGUGGCUGCCAGACAACUGGCCAAACGCAUGUGCCAAUCAUAAGGACUGCAGCAUCAACUGCUGCAAUAAUGGCAACGGCACCAGUGACAGCAACAUGACAACAUACAGCCGACCAGCUGACUGCAUUGCCAACUAUGGAAACCACCCAGAAAACAAGCAGGGGGGACAGCUUGGUUCUGAGACCCCCAUAUACAGCGACGUGAAUCUCUCCAGCAAACUCACUGAGAUUAAGACGUUCAACAACUCCAACUUUUGCUACACGAGCCCGGGAGGCGACUCGUCGGGCACGUACGAGCCCAUACCGUAUGCCACCACGCAGCUCAUACAGGCCAACAUUAAAAACAAGGCUGCCGCCGCCGCCGGCUGUGCAGCCGAGCCCCCGGACAUACCCUGCUGGAAGCAGCCGCCCAACCUGCCGCCGAUACCCAAAGAGAUGGCAGCGCUGAUGCAGCACAGCACAGCCGAGCAGCGCUGUAACGAUCUGCAGGGAAGCGAGGGCAUGAUCCACCCCAAGACGAUGCCGUACAACCAGACCCGCGACCACAGCACAGGAGGCUCCCAUCAGAGCUCCGACAGAGGCAGCAGCAGCAGCACCUCAGGGAGUCAAAAUCAAAGGAAAGGAAUGCGGGCCCAGAAGAUUCCCAAACACAACGCGAUGAACUGGGGGGACGCCGUGUCCGAUCCUCAUCCCAACGCCUGGGACUGCGACGAGUACAGUCUGCCCAUGGAGAGGAGCUUUGAUCCAGAGGAGAGACUGGACAGCUGCCCCACUCCCCCGGUCAGAGGAGUAGCCUCAUCAACUACUGAAGCGUCCUGCAGCGGCGUACCCGCCGCUCCACCGCAGGGAGACCUUAGCAACGGCCUGCAGGAUGGAGCCGAACACCUCGCCCACACCUACUGCUCAAUACUGGACACAGAUGGACCGGAGGAGAACGAGGAGGAAGCCGACGAGGAGACGGAGGCCGCGCUGGCGGAAGAUCUCUACAGCCAAUCCCAGCACCACCUGAAGCACAAGCAGCAGCCGCACCACGUCUCUCCGCACAAACUGCUCCUGCAAGGUCUGGAGCAGACGCCGGCCUCCAGCACCGGGGAUCUGGACAGAUCGGUCACAGGGUCUAUGGUCAACAGCUGGGGCUCGGCGUCUGAGGAUAACAUCUCGUCAGGCAGGUCCAGCGUCGUGAGCACAUCGGAGGGCUCUUUCUUCACAGACGGCGAUUUCAACCAGGCUGUCGCUUCUUCCAGGGAUAUUGUAGGCCUGCGCAUGUGCAGGUACCCAGAGGUGCCAGGUCGGCGGCACCAGCGAGCAAGCAGCCCCAUGUCGACGGACAGCAACAUGAGUCCUGCGAUAACACACAAAAGGCCCAGACGCCAUAAACCAAACCAGUCUGGACAACAGGACUACCAAUCCAAAGAUAUCUUCAGCGACGACUCUUGCAUGCCUCUAAAUUUCACGAACCAGAUGUCCCACGACGACCACAAAGCGAGGGGGGCGACUCUGCCUCGGAUGGGCUCCGGGCAGGGCCGGGCCAGACGAGGCAGCGCCGGGACUCACAGGGCCAGAGACGUAGCGACCGAGCAGAGAGAGAGUCAAGAAAUGGACAAGGUUCCACAGGGGGCUAAAGGAAACAACAACAACCGACAGCAUUCAGAAUUCGGGGACGUGCUUUUGUACAGUCGUCCGUCUUUCCCGUCAGGCCAGCCUCAGAGGGAGUCGGGCUGCAAUCCAUCAAACUUUCAGGCAUGUGGAGGCUCAAGGUCCAAACAGGGAGAGCAGGCCAUCCUCACAGAACAGGUGGAAGAGUUCCUAAAGAGGUAAGAAGCAUCGGGAGCUCCAGAGGAAUAUACUACAGCUGGACUUGUGGCUUUUAAAAUGUGGACAUAAACUCUGAAAAUACUGCACAACAUCCUUUUCUACUUUGAAUUUCACAUUUGGUGUUAAAAAAACAUUGCUCUCAUAUUAAAUGGUGGACUUGUUUUUUUCUUUUCUUUUUUUUUUUUCUUAAUGACCAGCAUUCAGGUCCUCGAACUGCUGGCUCCUUUGAAAAUAUAACGAAUGCACAGUGGAUGGCGGAGAUGAGCGGAGUGUUGUCGCUCGCCGCGGUUUGUGUGAUAUUUGUUCGUCCGUCGUCUUGUUCUUUCUCUGUAACUAAACUGCGGUCAUUACCAGCCAUCUUGUAAAUUGUUUACUGCCACAGAAGUGCUUCAGAUUUUUAUAUAACAGUUUUAAUGUUUUUGUUUUGUUAAUUAAGUGAUGUACAUUUUUGUCUCUGUAUUUUUUAUUUUUUUUUGUUCUACUUUGGUUAUGAAAGCACAAUCACUUAAUUUUAUUUGAAUUCAGUGUUGAAUGAACUUUAACCAGGAGGAAAUCAGCUGUCGGGAGUCCCGUUAAUCAUUUUUAUCACUUUACGUCAGGCUGAGAAAAAGAUUUAAGAAUUGUGAUGUGCAUUGAGUUGUGUGCUUUUCGGCUGCUUUCAUUCAAAUUUGAGCUAUCUUUGUUGUGUGUACUGGGAGAAUUGCAUGCAGAUUUGAAGCGAAGGACGUUUUUUUUUUUUUUUUUCUAAAUAAGUCUGUGCUUUGCCCUUUAUUUGGUAAUAUAAAAAAAAGAAUAGUCAUGGACUGGUUCCAUUUCUUGAUUUCAGUGCUGAGUUCAUUAAAUUCUGUAUCCCCUUAGCUUUUGGCAACAAAUACAGGAGUAGGGCUGGACAAUAAAUCACCAAUUAUAAUGCAGAAAUGCCUUACAAGCACAUUUCAUGCUCACAUCUGCUCAUAAUUAAACUGUGAAUGUUGGCAAAACAAACAUUGUAUUUGCUCGUUAAUAUUAAACAAAUAUGUUGUUCUGACUUAGUCGUAAAUGCACCCACACCGCCUUCCAGAAGUAUUCGCAGCCCUCGAACUUUUUCACAUUUUUCAACCUUUUUUGUUGCGAAGACUUGAAUGUAGCUCAUUCAAAUCCUGUGGGAGGGUUCCCUGUCUCCGAUGAAGCAACGCAUCCCCACAGCAUGACGCUCCAUCUACCAUGUUUUGCAGCGGGGACAGGUUGCUAGCUUAGCUGGACGGUUGUGUUUUGAAACGCUCAAAGCCUGGAAUAUUUCAAUUCCUCCUUCAGAUUUUUAUUUUUUAUUUUUUCAAAGUUUGUAGCUGUAGCUUGACAUAAAGUGGGAAUGGUAAUGUGGCAGCAGUUAAAUUACAAACGGUCUAGUAACGUCACGUUCAAUAGUUUUUGAGCUUAUUUAGUUUAAGCUUUCACAUUGAAACGUGUAGCCAAACAAAGCUGCUACUCGCUGAGCUGUGUGGAAAAGCUUACUGCUCAACAGGAACUCUGAAUUAAGACGGUGUGAUAAAUGAGCGAGUGAAGGGUUUUACUUUUGAAGCCUAUGGUGGCUCGUCAAGCAUUGUUUCAAAUUAGGAUCAUGGGCUUUUUGGCAGCUGUUCAGUAUCUGACUUGAUGAAGCACGAUCAGCUCUUUCCUAAUGAAAACAUCUCCCACCCUGCUCAGCACAUGCUGCCUCUCAACUCAAGUAUCGAAAACUACUUUAACAAGCGAGGAACAACCCAAUAAUUCACUAAGACGCACAAAUCACUACCAGCUCUUCUCUUUGUUUGCUCAAUAAAUUCCUUUAUAGUUUUGUUGUUGGUUUUUUUUUAACUGUUAAAUCUUGGUCUUCUAGUUUAAUUUUGUUCAGUGUGGGUGUUAUUUUGCCUUUAUAAUGAUUUAAACUGUUUUCUCCUUUUUUUCCCCCACAAACUCAAGGUAUUUAGCAGCUCAGCCAUAUGUCAGCACAGGAGGAUAAUGAGGCACUAGUUUCAUUUUUUUAAAUUUCCUCUUGAAGUGUCCUUUAGAUAAGUAGCGCCUUUGGCCUAGCCUGUCGAUUAUUAGCACCAAAACCUUUAAUGGUUUGGUGGUCACAUCUCAGAUGUUAAAUUUUUUGAACUGUCCCUUUAACACUCAACUGAGGCAAGGCUGCCAAAAGAAUUAUGACACUCAAACAUAAGGUACGACUCCUUUACCCACUACUUUUCACUUUAUUCAAAUCAGCAUCUUGGAAAAAUGAUUUAAAUUGCGGUCAACUUGUUUUUU